UCUAUCUAUCUAUCUAUCUAUCUAUCUAUCUAUCUAUCUAUCUGUCCAUUUCUUUACACUUCCGUUUGUUUUACUUUUCUUUACUGUUUUUCUUUCUCUCUUCUUCAUGAUUCCCCUCCGAACAAACUGUUGUUGCUCUUCGGACACAUUUCGCCUGCGCACCCAGAGAAUUUAGCGCCGCGCUCUCGCAACUCAACAAGUAUGGCUGCACCGAUGGCGUCAACAAAGGUUCCAGAGGUUCGGGACAUUACUCGGAUAGAGAGAAUCGGUGCACAUUCUCACAUUCGUGGCCUUGGUUUGGAUGAUGCUUUGGAGCCAAGACAGGUGUCUCAGGGGAUGGUUGGCCAGCUGGCUUCCCGUCGGGCUGCGGGUGUCAUCCUGGAGAUGAUCAAAGAUGGCCACAUUGCCGGCAGGGCUGUCUUGAUAGCUGGCCAGCCUGGCACAGGAAAGACGGCCAUUGCUAUGGGUAUUGCCCAGUCGCUUGGCCCUGAUACACCCUUCACAGCACUGGCUGGCAGUGAGAUCUUCUCUCUCGAGAUGAGCAAGACCGAGGCCCUCAGCCAAGCAUUUAGAAAAGCAAUUGGAGUGAGAAUCAAAGAAGAGACGGAGAUCAUCGAAGGAGAGGUCGUGGAGAUCCAGAUUGACAGGCCAGCCACUGGAACAGGUGCCAAGGUGGGCAAGCUGACUCUAAAGACCACAGAGAUGGAGACCAUCUAUGACUUGGGCAACAAGAUGAUUGAGAGUCUCAGUAAAGAGAAGGUUCAAGCUGGAGACGUUAUAACCAUUGACAAAGCCACCGGGAAGAUCAGCAAACUGGGCCGUUCGUUCACCAGAGCCAGAGACUAUGAUGCCAUGGGAGCCCAGACGCAGUUUGUCCAGUGUCCAGAGGGGGAGCUGCAGAAGAGGAAAGAGGUGGUUCAUACAGUGUCCCUCCACGAGAUUGAUGUUAUCAACAGCCGCACACAAGGCUUCCUGGCGCUCUUCUCUGGAGACACCGGAGAGAUCAAGUCUGAAGUUCGCGAGCAGAUCAACGCUAAAGUGUCUGAGUGGAGGGAAGAGGGCAAAGCCGAGAUAAUUCCAGGGGUGUUAUUUAUUGAUGAGGUCCAUAUGUUGGACAUGGAGUGCUUCUCCUUCCUGAACCGUGCGCUGGAGAGUGACUUGUCCCCCGUUCUGAUCAUGGCUACCAACAGAGGGAUCACUCGUAUCCGUGGCACAAACUACCAGAGCCCCCAUGGUAUCCCCAUUGAUUUGCUAGACCGUCUUCUCAUCAUCGCUACCUCACCCUACACCGAGAAAGAGACGAGGCAGAUCCUCAAGAUUAGGUGUGAGGAGGAGGAUGUGGAGCUGAGUGAGGAGGCUCACACAGUCCUGACGCGCAUCGGCCUGGAGACGUCACUGCGCUAUGCCAUCCAGCUGAUCAGCACCGCUGGCCUGGUGUGUCGCAAACGCAGGGGGACGGAGGUGCAGGUGGAGGACAUCAAGAGGGUGUAUUCUCUGUUCCUGGACGAGGCCAGAUCCUCUCAGUACAUGAAGGAGUACCAGGAUUCCUUCCUCUUUAACGAAACAAAAGACGCCCAGAUGGACACGUGUCUAUGAAGACGAGACAUUUUUUACCUGUGAAGUUUUGCUGCUGUUUGCUACUGGUUCCUGGGGGUUGGAGACGAUUCAGAAUUUUGAAUAUAAUUAAAGUUUCACUCAAGAGUAUCUGAUAUCCCAAUGAAGAUGUAUCGUUUAAAGGAAAAUAAUUGAAAUUUCAAAGGAACCCAUUGAGUUUCCUUUUUAAGUCUCGCACCUCAGAUUCAACCUUCUGUCCAAAUCCACAUUUGCUGAAUUAAAUUUGACCGUAUUUCAAAAAAACUGAAUUUAAACACGCUCUGUUCUUUAUGGAGGCCUUGUGGUGGGAAUAUCCAUUCCGUUCAUGUUCUGUUGACUUGUCUUUACAUGUGGUUUGUUUUUUUUUUGUUGCAUUUAUUAAACUCAAACUUUUAUGAAGACACAUGGUGUUUUCCCCUCCUUCCAUUUUU